UUAUACUUUUAUUUUAGAUUUCUCAACAUCAAUUGCCGAUUCCCAGGCAGUGCGCAUGAUGCAUACAUCAUGUCAAACUCCACCAUUCCGGACAUCAUGGCUAAUUUGCCAGAGGGUGGUUGGCUGCUGGGUGACUCUGGUUAUCCGUUGAAAGAUUUUCUUAUGACACCCUUCAAUAACCCUUCCACUCCAACGGAGGAAAGAUAUAAUCGUGCUCACUGCCAGACCAGAAAUGUUGUAGAGAGGGCAUUUGGCGUGCUCAAAUCCAGAUUCAGAUGUCUUCACAAAAGUGGAGGAUGUUUGCCUUUCAAACCAACCAAAUGUGCAAUUAUCAUCGAGACAUGUUGCCGGCUCCACAACAAGGCAAUUGAAGAGAGAAUCCCCCUCCAACAAGGUGGUCAUGUUGUUUUACAACAACACAUGUAUGUUCAUGGAGGAGCACCUUGCUUAAAAGACAUGAGACAACACAUUGCAUCAAGAUUUUAA